GCUUGGCGCCGCGGCCGAGCGUAUGCUGUGCGGCAUCGCGAGCCCCGCCGCCGGGAGCUGUGAGGAGCCUCGGGCGACUCGGGAAGCCGCGCCAUGGACCUGGUGAGCUUUGAGGACGUGGCUGUGCACUUCACCCAGGAAGAGUGGGCUUUGCUGGAUCCUUCCCAGAAGAGUCUAUACAGAGAUGUGAUGCUGGAGACCUGCAGGAACCUCGCUGCCGUAGGCUAUAUAUGGGAAGAACAGAAUAUUGAAGAUUGCAAAAAUUUUGGAAGAUAUGACAGACACAUCAUAUCUCUCUCUGAAUACACUCCAUAUGAGCACGAGGACUAUGCAAGCAAGCCCUACGAUUCCAGUUCCCUCACAAAUAUUCAAACGUAUGUGGGUGCUCACGCUGUGAAUGGACCUUGUGAAUGUGAGGUAUGUUUAAAAUCCCUUGGUUUUACAAGUACAUUUGGAAUGUAUCACCAAACUCAGAGUGGAGAAAACUUCUGUGACUACAAGGAAUGUGGAAAGCCUUCAGUUUAUCCUAGCUCACUUUACACACACGGAGGAACUCCCAUUGUAAGGAAAUGCUAUGAGUGUAACCAGUGUGGGAAAGCUCUGAGUUCUUCCAGUUCCCUUCAAAGGCAUGAGAGAAUUCACACAGGAGAAAGACCCUAUAAAUGUAACCAGUGUGGGAAAGCUCUGAGUUCUUCCAGUUCCCUUCAAAGGCAUGAGAGAAUUCACACAGGAGAAAGACCCUAUAAAUGUAACCAGUGUGGGAAAGCUCUGAGUUCCUCCACUUCACUUCAGAGGCAUGAGAGAAUUCACACAGGAGAAAGACCCUAUAAAUGUAACCAGUGUGCGAAAGCCUUUAGAUGUCACAGUGCCCUUCAAUUACACGAAAGAAUCCAUACUGGUGAGAAGCCCUAUGAGUGCCAGCAGUGUGGGAAAGCCUUUACAUGUCACAGUUACCUUCGAUUACACGAAAGGACUCAUACUGGAGAGAAACCCUAUGAGUGUAAGCAGUGUGGGAAAGCCUUCAGAUGUCAAACUUCCUAUCAUAGACAUAAAAUUAUUCAUGGUGGAGAAACAUUCUAUGAAUGUAAACAAUGUAGUAGGCUCUUCAUUUACCCAUCUUUACUUCAGAUGCACGAAAGAACUCACACUAGUGAGAGACCAUAUAAAUGUAAAGACUGUGGCAAGUCAUUCCUCUACCCCUCUUUACUUCAAAUGCAUGAAAGAACCCACACUGGUGAAAAGCCCUAUGAAUGUAAACAAUGUGGUACAGCCUUUAGACAUCACUCUUCCCUUCGACUGCACGAGAGAACUCACACGGGAGAAAAGCCCUAUGAGUGUCCACAGUGUGGGAAAGCCUUUACUCGUCACACUUCCCUUCGAUUACAUGAGAUAACUCACACCGGAGAGAAACCUUAUAAAUGUAAAGAAUGCGGAAAAGCCUUUAGACAUCACUCUUCCCUUCGGUUGCACGGAAGAAUUCAUAGUGGAGAGAAACCCUAUGAAUGUAAACAAUGUGAUAAAGCCUUUAUACGGUACAGUUACCUUCGAUUACAUGAAAGAACACACACAGGAGAAAAACCUUAUGAAUGCAAGCAAUGUGGGAAAGCCUUCAGCCGUCACAGUUCCUUUCAGAGACAUAAAUCUAUUCACGCUGUGGAAAACCCCUAUGAAUGUCAGCCGUAUCUAAUUCCUUUAUCGCUGUUUCCUCCAAAUACAUCAGAUAACUCAUACUGGUGAAAAACACUAUGAUGUGAAC